AUCUCUCUUCUCCGAAUCGUAAUUCUCGGUCCGUCGCGAACUCAUGGCGAUUGCAGCAGAGACUCAGCCUCAGCCCCCAUCUUAUGACAAGGCUUCUUCUGAGGCUUCUGCUGUGGAGAAUAGAAGGUGGACCCUCAACGACUUUGAUAUUGGAAAGCCUCUUGGAAGGGGAAAAUUUGGGCAUGUCUAUUUGGCCAGAGAAAAGAGAAGUAAUCACAUUGUUGCUCUGAAAGUCCUCUUCAAGAGCCAAUUGCAACAGUCCCAAGUUGAGCAUCAACUUAGGCGAGAAGUUGAAAUCCAAAGUCAUCUGCGACAUCCCAACAUUUUACGCCUUUAUGGAUACUUUUAUGAUCAGAAACGCGUUUAUUUGAUUUUAGAGUACGCCCCAAAAGGUGAACUUUACAAGGAAUUACAGAAAUGCAAAUAUUUCAGUGAAAGACGUGCAGCUACUUAUGUUGCUUCAUUGGCCCGAGCCCUCAUAUAUUGCCAUGGAAAGCAUGUAAUACAUAGAGACAUUAAACCUGAGAACCUUCUUAUUGGCGCCCAGGGUGAACUGAAAAUUGCAGACUUUGGGUGGUCGGUGCACACAUUUAACCGCAGGCGGACCAUGUGUGGCACACUAGAUUAUCUUCCUCCUGAAAUGGUGGAGAGUGUAGAACAUGAUGCAAGCGUUGAUAUAUGGAGCCUUGGCGUCCUGUGUUAUGAGUUUCUAUAUGGAGUCCCUCCUUUUGAGGCUAAAGAACAUUCUGAGACAUACAGAAGAAUAAUCCAAGUGGAUCUCAAGUUUCCUCCCAAACCAAUUGUGUCCUCUGCUGCAAAGGACCUCAUCAGCCAGAUGCUGGUGAAGGAUUCCUCUCAACGUCUACCAUUACACAAGCUUCUGGAACAUCCGUGGAUUGUUCAGAACGCAGAGCCCUCUGGUGUAUACAAAUGCUAGUAUUUCAUUCCCAAGAUGGCAGCUUUCUGGAUCCGGAAAGUGUAAUGUAAACUGUCUGUAGCAGUCGCUCGGU